AACUGUUUUCUGCAAGCAUUUAUAAAAUUCAAUUUUGUUUUUUCUAGACUGGUUUUCCCUAACAAUAUUAUGAUACUCCUUGUGCAUAAAUUUUGACAAAACACUUCUUUAAUAUCCCUUUAAUCAAUCAUCUAUUUUUGAAUUAUCAAGUGGUCCUUGUAGAAUUGUAGUCCAAUUCAGUAUCCAAUUCGGCCAAUCCAGCCUACCUAGAACAUAAUACAUGAACAAGGUUCAAGUCUACCGGUCUGUUAAGAUACAAUAAUUACUGCCACCUUUUGUGGGGUGGAACAAAAUAUCUCUCAUUUCUCCUUCGAAUUGAUUCCGCCUUUUGGUUUCCAAAAAAAUGUUGUUAUGUUGCCUUAGAUUUCUCCUUUAGAUCCCUCAUUUCAUGCCCACUCACUCAUCCAAAUGUACCUAGGUACUUAAGCUCACUUUCCUUGCAUCACUUUCAAAUUCCUUUUAGUUUAUCUUUGUAUUGGGAAUCAUCUGAUUUGGUGAAUUACAAUUGUACUUGCGGCAUGGCUCAGGUAUUAUGAGGUUUUCGAUUGCGAAAAUGGUGGGUCGCAGUCCGCUGUUGCCACCAACUAGAAGAUUCCGGCCGGACCUAGGCCAAAGCGCUCUCGCAACAUUGAGGACCCGCUUUUUCACACUUUUCGUACUUGGGGUCUUGAUUUUCACCUAUGUCGCGGUGAUUUAUCAGCCCGAGGACCCUUUGUUCGGUUCUUCAACCAAGAUCACAAGUUUUCUCACAUCAACAUCGAGUGCCACUUUUAUAUCGGAUAAAACCAUUGUCAAGACUGGUGAGGACUUCAUGGUUCUAAGUCAGGCCGCGGUUCCUGAUUCCAUAAACAUUGCAGAUAUUGAUCGAGGCAUGAUGUCGGCCAUCCUUAAGAAGAAAGAUAUGCAUCCUGUUCUACCUACCGUUGGGGAAACAGUAAACGACUCUCUACCCGUUGGGGAAACAGAAAACACCGUUGAGGAAACAGCAAACGACUCUCUACCCGUGACUGUCGGGGAAACAGCAAACAACUCUCUACCCGUUGGGGAAACAGUAAACGACUCUCCACCCGCUGAUGUAUCAGAGGCUUCGUUUAUCAGCAGGCGGUACUUGUUAUACCAUGGAGGCGGAGAUAGAUGCAAGAGCAUGAGUCAUUACCUCUGGAGUUUAAUGUGUGCUUUGGGUGAAGCUCAGUACUUGAACCGGACACUGGUCAUGGACACGAGUAUUUGUCUGUCUUCGGUUUACACCUCAUCGCACCAAGACGAAGAAAGGAAGGAUUUCAGGUUCUACUUUGACUUCGACCAUCUAAAAGAGUCGGGCUCCCUUCUAGACUCGAGACAAUUCGCGUUCGAUUGGACCAGAUGGCACCGGAGAAAUGGAUUGAAACGAAAGGUCGUUAAGGAUUCCCGAACGACUCCCACCAAGCUAUCCUGGUUUGAUGAUGCUUUGGUCAUGAGGAAGUUUGGCUCAAAGGACUCAGAUAGUUAUUGGUACAAUGUGUGCAAAGCAGACAAUGAAUCGGUCGUGGAACCACCUUGGCAUUCGGUACGGAGGUCUAAGCUGUUGAGGGACAUAGCGUCCGCUAUCACAUCGAGGUUGAAUUGGGAUUUCGACUCGGUUCACGUAGAGAGAGGAGACAAGGCCAAGAACAAGGAGCUCUGGCCUAAUCUUGAUGCAGACACUUCACCCAAAGCCCUUCUCUCCAAGUUGACGGGAAAAAUUGAAGACGGAAGGAGUGUGUAUGUCGCAACGAAUGAACCGGACACAUCCUUCUUCGACCCGUUGAAAGAGAAAUACAACACUCAUUUCAUCGACGAAUAUAAAGAUCUAUGGAGUGAGAAGAGCAAAUGGUACAAGGAGAUCACAAAGCUAACCGACGGGGUCCCUGUCGAAUUCGAUGGUUAUAUGAAGAUCUCGGUCGAUAUGGAGGUUUUCUCGAGGGGAAAGAAGCAAAUCGAGACUUUCAAUGAUCUCACUGAAGAUUGCAAGGAUGGAAUUAAAUCCUGCACCUCAUGAGCCAUCUAAUCCCCUGAACUCGAGAAAUUUGAAAACAUCGGGUCUUACUACGUUCAGAAGUCGCAACAACACGUUGAUGUAACUAACGUUGUAUCGUUUCAAUUUUAUGGGAUGCCCCCAAAGCAACAUGUAGAUAACGCUGUAUAAUGUAACGCAGAUUGAAAUUUAUUCUCUUUCGGUUU